AUGAUGUCUUCCAACAUUCUAUCUCGGUUCCUGCCCCCGACCGGCUCACCAUCCGUCUACGAGACCAUCCGCCAACACGACGCUGGAUCCGAAUCCUCUGAUGUCGAAGAACGGGCGGGCUUAGCCUUCGAGGAUGACCAGGAACAUUUCAGUGAUCGGGAACUGGAAGAUGCGUUGGCAGAUGCGCAGGAAAGUGAGAUAGUCAGUCCAAGCACUGCUCUCCUGAACCAGGCUCGCAUGGGCAAGGCCCCCGACCGGACUUCACCUUCUAGCACACGCCGUCGCAAAUCAUCUCGACCUCGAUGGAUGACACAGGACUCGUUGGGAUAUGAGCUUGAAGGGAAUGACGAUGAUGUACCGCAGUCACUGCUGGUGGAAGGUCAUCACGAAGAUGUGAAAUCGCGGUUACCUCCUCCUCCUCCCCAACCCCAUGGUCGGUCAGACCGUCAAAGAAUCCCGAGUCCCGACCCGUUUCCACAGCCCACCAGACCUCGCUGGAAUGAGCACACAAGUCAACCUCCUGACGAUAAUGGUCACCCGGUUUCUAAAUGGCUUUCCGGGCAGCACCCUGGCCUUGCCAACAUUGACCCUGAAAAGAAGGCAAUGUGGCGAUGGGCCAAUGUGGAAGAUUUGGACAACUUUUUGAAGGAUGUCUAUGUCUACUUCCUGGGUAACGGAAUUUGGUCCAUCCUGCUGACGAGGGUGCUCAACUUAUUAACAUUUGCUUUUGUCGUUGGCUUCUCGACCUUCUUGACAAAUUGCAUCGAUUACUCCAAGGUACGGCGGAGCAAAACGCUCGAUGACAUCCUAGUACCCAAGUGCACGGCAAAUAUGUCGGGCUCUUCCACAUUCUUGUUGUGGCUCUCCAGCUUUUUCUGGAUUGUAAAGCUCUUUCAAUAUGUGCUAGAUAUCCGCAGGCUCAAACACCUGCAUGACUUUUAUCUUUAUCUACUCCAUGUCUCCGAUGCUGAAGUGCAGACUAUUUCCUGGCAAGAAGUGGUCAGCCGACUAAUGGCGCUAAGGGAUUCAAAUCCAUCUACCGCCGCAGCGGUCUCUGCAAAGCACCGAAAAUUCCUGGGAAGCCAGUCGAAGCAGCGCAUGGACGCUCAUGACAUUGCUAAUCGUUUGAUGCGCAAGGAGAAUUAUAUGAUUGCAUUGGUAAACAAGGACAUAUUGGAUCUCACUCUUCCAGUCCCAUUCCUCAGAAAUCGCCAGCUCUUCUCACGGACCAUGGAAUGGAAUCUCAACCUGUGUGUCAUGGACUACGUCUUCAACGAGCAAGGCCAGCUGAGGACCCUGUUUCUGAAAGACACUCAUAGGAGAGCGCUUAGUGAUGCCCUGCGUCGGCGAUUCGCCAUCGCUGGCAUCAUGAACAUUUUCGUAGCACCCUUCAUCGUGGUCUACUUCACAAUGCAUUACUUCUUCCGGUACUUCAACGAGUUCAAGAAGAACCCAGGGCAGAUCGGUUCCCGCCAAUACACUCCCAUGGCGGAGUGGAAAUUCCGCGAGUUCAAUGAACUUUGGCAUCUCUUUGAACGUCGAACCAACAUGUCUUACCCAUUUGCUAGUCGCUAUAUUGACCAAUUCCCCAAGGACAAGACUGUGCAAGCGGCACGAUUCGUCGCUUUCAUCUCUGGGGCUCUUGCCUCUGUGCUUGCCCUUGCUUCGGUGAUAGACCCAGAGCUUUUCCUUGGUUUUGAAAUUACUCCCGAUAGAACGGUACUCUUCUACCUUGGCAUCUUCGGUACAGUUUGGGCAUUUGCAAGAGGCCUGGCGCCCGAAGAGACGGACGUCUUCGAUCCUGAAUAUGCACUCCGCGAGCUGAUUGGUUUCACUCAUUACUUUCCCUCCGGGUGGAAAGGUCGUCUGCACAGCGAUGACGUGCGAAAAGAAUUUGCAGUCCUCUAUCAGAUGAAGAUCGUUAUAUUUAUGGAAGAGAUCCUGAGCAUGAUCUUCACUCCUUUUGUCUUGUGGUUUAGCUUGCCAAAGUGCAGCGACAGCAUUAUCGAUUUCUUCCGCGAGUUCACCGUACACGUCGACGGUGUAGGCUAUCUCUGCUCGUUUGCUGUCUUUGAUUUCAAAAAGGGCUCGAACGUGCUGUCUCAGGCUGCACCGGCACGCCCAGGUCCUGGCAAGCCGGACUUGCGUACUGAUUAUUUCUCAACCAAGGACGACAAGAUGCUCGCCUCAUACUACGGUUUCCUGGAUAAUUACGGGCCCAACCACCAACCCUCCACCCGACGACACUUCCAACCACCUCCGACCUUGCCUACUCUUGGAUCCGCCUCCGGGCUUGACUUUGGGGCUCAUCCCGACCGCCCUGAUCCCCUUCACCCCCGCCCAAGUCCGACUAUGGGUGGGAUGUUUGGUCCAUCCGCGAUGGAUACAUCCAAACUGAGGCCCAUGGGAGUCGGCGACCACCGAUCUCCUGCUCCCUCGAUGCUGCUUGACCCCCAUCAUCAGCCAUCAACUUCUGGAUUCGGCCCGAAAACCCGAAAACCACCCCAACAGUAUCAACGUUCUCGACUCGGGCAGCCUCUUCACCACCCUGACCCUAUCUACGACGAGGAGGAGCCGGUGUCCCAAGAUGGCCGUGAUUCCGCCGCACGGUUGUCGGCUACUCGAGGUGGUACAUCCAGUGCUGGUGCAGGCACCAGCGAAAGCAAUCUAGGGGAGUCAUGGCGCAUGAACCCACUGGGCAAAGACGCCGAUGACGCCGAUGAAGGCGACGAGGGUGACGAAGGCGACAACCUCGACGCCAUUGCCGGUGGUGUCGGAGUUUUGGGUCUGAUCCAGCAAUUUCAGAAAGCGAACACAGAUGGGCGACGAACAACCGUGGGGAUUUAG